CCGUACCGACGCAACAGACAACAGACAGCAGAGGAAGAGGAGGAAGAAGGAAGAAAAAUCAGAGCGCUCGCUGCACAUUCGCCCGCACCCACCAUUGGUUUCUCCCGGCCAGGUGGUGGUUCCUCGGAUCAGACCAUACCAGAUCAGAUCCGAUCCCCACAACUGUAACUGUAAACACAAGAGCAGAGUCUGAUCAACAAGUCCCGGCAUUUGUCCUACCAGUAUAUAUAAAGGCUAGUAAAUCAUGUAUCCAACAACAAAUCACUACAUGGAUCCAUACUCCUCAUACUACAGGCAUCAUGCUCCCUAUCCAUAUUAUCCCCCUCCUGCCUGGGAACCUGGGCACCAGCAGAUGCCUGAACCGGACUGCUCGCCAUGUCGGCCGCCGUCGUAUGGCCCUUGGCCGUACAGUGCCAGCAUGAAUCACUCUGGCCUUCCAGACUCCCAUAGCUGCUGCAGUCACACAUACCCUCCUGGUUACUACAGUUUCAGACCCCCAUUGCCCCAAGAAUUUCCACCACCACCUCCUCUAUACUACCAUGGUCCAUUUCCACCGCAUCAUCAUCUGAACCCCUACUCGCCAUCAUACUUUGGCCCACUCCCACCAUAUCAUCCUGUCGAUCAAACACCAUACGAUGGUUUUUAUGACAAGUUCAGGAGCCAUUGUUGCGGGUGUCCGAACCAUGUGUGCCAUGGAGAUGGAGGGCAGAAGAGCAACGUGAAAAUCGAAGAACAUGUGCCUGAAGUGAAGGAUGACAGUAAACAGAAGGAUGCAGACAAUUCCAGAAUAAUUCGCAACCCAAACUACCAGUACCCGGUGAUGUGGCUACCGUCCGGUGACAUGAAAGACAACAAGGCUAAUAAUGGAACAAGCUUUGAGUUUCCACCUCAGUUUUUCAGCAAGUGGUUUCCUCAAAGUGGAGAGAGGGCAGAGGAUGUGAAGCCAGCUGAUGACAAUCAGAAGGCGAAACAACUUCAGUGGCCAAUGGUUUGGAUGCCACCAGGAUAUGGCGUUGAGACCAAACCAGAAGCUAAAAAAGAGCUGAAGGAGAUAGAGCAGAGUCCAAAGAGCACGCAAGAAGAUCCGCCUUCGCCGAAGAUCAAGAUUAUUCCCUUGUCAUGGUUUGGAAAUGAUCAUCAUGAUCAAAAGCCUGCUGCUAGGGAUGGCUCUGGAGAACAACAUGGAAGAUCAUCAGCGGCGAACCAGCCUGCAGGCACCCAGCAUCGGCAUGACACGACAGUGGAUGGAAAUUGUAAGACCAUCCCAGUUGUGCCGGAGAAGCCGAACACUGGGAAUGAACCUGCUGCUAUUUCAGUUGUGCCGGAGAAACCAAACAGUGGGAAUGAACCUGCUACUAUUUCAGUUGUGCCGGAGAAACAGGAUUCUGAGAAGAAGGUUCAUACCUGCAGGACCAUCCCGGUUAUGCCUCAGAAAGAGAGUGAUGAGAAGAAAUCCUCCAUGGCUGGAAACAAAGAAGAAAAGAAGGCCAUCAUUGUUCAGAAGGAGGGAGAAAGUAAGAAAAGCAACAAUGUUGAAUCAUCAAAGGCCAAGCCUUCAAAAUUACCCCCUGUAUGCUUGCGAGUGGAUCCUUUGCCAAAGAAGAAAUCAGGAAACACAUCUUCAAGGUCAUCCAACCAAGCAACCAAGAAGGUUUGUGAAAAAGUGAAGGAUGUGAAAGAGGCCCAAGGCAAGAACCAGGAGACAAAGCAAUCAGAACAUCAGAAAGAGGGUAAGAUGCCGAUUAAAGAGAAAUCAUCUGAUGAUGUUGCCAAAAGUACAGGGCCUAGGAAUGUAACAGUGGUAGAUGCUUCAGUGAAGCACGCGCAAGAGGAACAAGUUUCCACAACUGUGACUGAUCAGAAGGCGCAACCUACCGUCAGUGCUGAAGCACAAGAAGAAAGUGUCAGUGCAAGUAGCUUGCAGGAGUGUGAUAAAAACAGAAAGGAGGAUGAGUUGAAGAUCGGAGGUGAAGCUCCAAAUUUAGCCUGUGAAAUAAAGUUAUCAGAACCAGAUGCCGCUGUUCGUAUUCAGUCUGCAUACAGAGGGUACCAUGUACGAAGAUGGCAGCCUUUGGAGAAACUACGGAAGAUCAAGAAUGUACAUAAACAGAUGCAAGAUGUGGAGAAGCAGCUGCAAGCCCUUGAAGCUUCUUCAAAGCAGCCGACAGUAAAAGAGCACAUUGCUAUGAAUGAGACCAUCAUGAAUUUACUUCUGAACCUUGACACCAUUCAAAACUUGCAUCCAGUUGUGAGGGAGGCUAGGAAGUCUGUUGCUCGACAGCUAGUUUGUUUGCAGGAGAAGCUCGAUUCUUUGUGCAAGAAACUGCCUGCUGAACCAAAUCACCCUAAGAGUGAGGAAGCAAGUCUCACAGGAGUGGGUGAAGAACAAUUGCCUUCCUCAGUUAACUCCAACGAGCCUAUGCACGAUGAGGUUUCAUCGGAAGUUGCCUUGAAGUUGAGUCAAGAUGGAGAUUCUACUGAACAGAAACAUCAAACAGAGGAACCAAGUACUGCAAAAGAAGAAGCGCAAGAUGAAGGAAAAGCUGCAGCACCUGGUGAAUGUCAAGGAGUACCCCCGACGGAUGUGAUGCCUGAUGCAGCUUUAUCAGGACUUGCCACUGAGAAGAAGUACCAAAUGGAAGAGCCAGACAUAUUGAGAGAAGAAUAUACUGAAGAACAGGAGAAAGCCGCAGCGAAGAGUGAAGGAUCAUCAACACGCUACCUCGAUGGCUCAGUGCUGAAACAAUGCACUGAAGGAUCUGCGGAGCAAAACUGCCACCCUGAAGAAUCAGAUCAAGGCGUUUCUUUUACAACUGAGGAUGGUAAAACUGCAAUGACUAAAGCAUGUAUGGACAGUGAAGUUGAUGCUGCCAAUCAGGACGGUUCGGCAGAAGGAGGUCAGGUGCAGGAAUCUGCUCCCGUUGGUAUCUCGUGGCUGAAACAUGAUGCUGCCCCUGCUGAAGAUCAGUUCAAAGAACCAGGUGCUCCAUCCCUUCAUCUGGAGGAUUCUUCUGUGUCUUCAAAAGCUGCAGAUCCACAUGAAAAUGAUCCAGCCCUGGCAGAUGACUCCAUAGUAAUCAUCACUCCAGCAGACCAACAAGAAGGGUCCGUUGAUGCUGACUUGCAGAAAGAAGUUGCAGAGACCAUGGUUGAUUCAGACAAAGAACCAAAUGGAACGCCAACGCCUCCUGUUGGCGAUGCCGGUAACAUGGACUACGUUCCUGGUGCAAAUGCAGAGAUCACAGAGCAAGAAAAACUUGGUUUGGUAGGACCAGAAGCGACAAGACAAUGUGAGGAAUCAGCACUUGCGGAGCAGCAAAAUGAAGGUGGCUCUGCCAUGGAAAAUACUAUGAAUGAUGAUGAAAUUGGAGAGGAGCCUGAAGCCAUAGCAUCGGAAAGCAGAGUCGAUGCCAUUGUAGAGGAGACUGAAGCUGUACCAUUGGAAAUCGACAACAAGACCACUGAAAAUACUCUGAAUGGUGCCACUGGAGAGGGGGCUGAAGCCGCACCACUGUAGAGCAGAG